UCCUAAGGAGGGAAAAAGCCCUGGCGGCUGGUACUUGGUUGAUAGGGUUUAAGCAUCGCCGGCGAGCUACCGGAUAACUAUAAUUUUGAUACUCUGUUUCCUCUCGACAUACUCCAUGGAUCAGUUUCCCAAAGAACUCGACAGAGAAGUAUGCAACAUGAACAAGAUUGAACGAGAAGAGGAAGAGGAAGAGGAGGAGGAGGAGGAGGAAGAAGAUGUACAAGACGACUGGGACGAUUGGAAUGCAGAUGAGGAAGAAGGUGAAGAAGGAUUUGACUCGAGUUUUCUGUGUUUGUUCUGCACAUCGAAGUAUAAUGACUGCGCCACGCUGCUCAACCACUGCAACUCGGUUCAUAAUUUUGAUUUUCACGGCAUUAGGAAGGGUCUGGGUUUAGACUUUUAUGGUUCGUUUAAAAUUAUCAACUACAUACGAUCUCAGGUAGCAGAAAAUAGGUGUUGGAGCUGUGGUUUCUUGUGUCAAUCAAGCCAAGAUUUACAGAACCAUUUGCACAAAACACUCAAUCUCAAUGAAAUCAAGGCUCUUUGGAAUGAUGAUAAAUACCUGAAACCCUUCAGUGAAGAUGAUCCCCUCUUGUACAGUUUUGCAGAAGACGAAGAGGAUGAUGACAUUUCACCUAUCACCAACAAUCUACAGAGGAAUACAGAUACCAAUGGAGGUAAUUGCAAUGUUGAUGAAAUGAAUAGAGCAAGUCUUCCAUUUAAUCUUAACCGAAGCAAGGAACAUGAAAUGGCAGAUUGUAGUUCUUCUUCACAUGGUUAUUUGAAUACUCCAAUUAACUUAGAGGCCGUGAUUGAGAAUACCGUGAAAGCCACAGAGACCUUGGAAUUGAACGAUAAGAUGCAGGAAGACGAUCGAUUAAAAAUAACCGGAAGAAAUUUUUUUUCGAAGGAUAUCAAGAAUGUAAAUGAAAGCUACUUUGGUUCAUAUAGCUCUUUUGGCAUACACAGAGAGAUGUUAAGUGACAAGGUCAGAAUGGAUGCUUAUAUGCAAGCUAUUUUGCAAAACCCCUCUCUCUUCCGCAAUGCAGCUGUGAUGGAUGUGGGCUGUGGAACAGGCAUACUUAGUCUCUUUGCUGCAAAAGCGGGUGCAUCAAGAGUUAUUGCUGUUGAAGCAAGUGAAAAGAUGGCAGCAGUGGCUACUCAAAUUGCAAAAGAUAACGGCCUCUUGCGGAAUAGGAAACAGGGUGGGGAUUGUGGCAUGUCAAGUGGGACUGUUGAAGUCGUUAAUGGUAUGGUAGAAGAACUUGAUAAGAACAUAGAGAUUCAGCCUCACAGUGUUGACGUAUUAUUGAGUGAAUGGAUGGGCUAUUGCUUGCUGUAUGAGUCAAUGCUCAGUUCAGUGCUCUUUGCAAGGGAUCGUUGGUUGAAGCCUGGAGGUGCCAUCUUACCAGAUACUGCCACAAUUCUUGUUGCAGGAUUUGGAGUUGGUGGAACUAGUCUUCCAUUUUGGGAAAAUGUGUACGGUUUCAAUAUGUCUUGUGUAGGGAAGGAACUUGUAGAGGAUGCUGCCAAAGGUCCCAUCGUUGACACUGUGGAGGCUAACGAUUUAGUUACUAGUGCAGCAAUACUUCAUACUUUUGAUCUAGCAACUAUGCAUGCUGACGAAGUAGACUUCACUGCAAGUACUGAGUUGGAACCAAAUUUGCAUAAGCCUUCAAGCAAAUCAGAAAACGGUGAAAUUGAAACAUCUUGGUGUCAUGGAGUUGUCUUAUGGUUUGAAACUGGUUUUACAAGCAGAUUUUGCAAAGAAUCACCGGCUGUUCUAUCUACAUCCCCAUACACUCCCAAAACUCACUGGUCUCAAACCAUAUUAACCUUCAGAGAACCAAUUGCUAUAACAUCAAGCAAAUCUGCCACCAACAAAUCAGCAACAGUGGGCAGCCUUGCCUCCCCUGCUAUCAAAGUUCAUUUGCGCCUUAGCAUUGUCCGUGCGCCCAAACAUCGAAGCAUUGACAUUUCACUCGAGACUACUGGGAUUGCGGGUGAUGGUAGGAAGCACCACUGGCCCGUACAACUUUUCACACUAAGAUAAAGUACCGAACAGCAAAUGACAGAUGCUUGGUUUCUAAUUAUGUUUUGAAACUUGUUCGAUCUCCAUGCGUGUUAUUUGUGAUAGUAGCAGAAGAUUCAUUCAUGGAUUUUCCCAAUUUUGACUCUUAAUUCUUGAUAUGUAAGUUAUAUUAAUAGGCAUUGAGAAUGUAAACGAGUUGACAUCAUGUACUAUGGUUAUUCAUGCCAUUAAGUUUUGUUAUGAUUGUUGUAUUCUAA